UAAAGAACCACAUUCCUACUUACCAGCCAGCUCAGUUGCUGCCACACACAGCCCCCAGCACAGAGACGUGGGCAGGGAGCUGAGCGAGGAUGGGGCCAGCCUGUGUGGUCAGCUGUGGUUGCACAGAGUCUGAACCUGCCGCUCAGAUGAGCAUGUAUGCAUGGCCUGCAAGUUUCCUGCUGGGUCUAUAAAUCACCUAGAGCUGAGGCAGAGGCACAGUCCCCUUCCCUGGAUGGCUCUGAUAAUGCAGCUUCUGCUUCUGCUUCCCAUGGCUUUUUUCCUGCCUCCUUGGGCUCUGGCCGGGUGGAUCACUGGGGGAAAGGAAGCCCGGGCUCACUCCAAACCCUACAUGGCUUUUCUCAACAUCAGCAUGAAGCAUGGGCACAAAAGGUGUGGAGGAUUCCUGAUCCAAAAGGACUUUGUGCUGACGGCUGCCCACUGUGACCCAGGAAAAAUCAUGGUGUAUCUGGGAGCUCACAAUGUGACCAAGCGGGAGCGGAGCCAGCAACGCCUGGCCGUCCGACGGAAAAUCCCCCACCCGAAAUACAACAACAAGACAUGGGAGAACGACCUCAUGUUACUCAAGCUGAAGGGCAAAGCGAAGCUGACAAAGGCCGUGCAGCUCGUCCCCCUGCCCGAGGCCGGAGAAGAGGUGAUGCCAAGAGACAUCUGCAACGUAGCGGGCUGGGGGAAUACCCGGGCCAGGGGGUUUUCCCUGCCAAGCACGCUGCAGGAGGUCAACUUGAAGGUGCUGAAGGCGGACAGGUGCACACGUUACCCACAGUUCGUCCCCACCUCCAUGCUCUGCGUAGGCGACCCCAGGGAAGUCGAGAAAUCAUCCUUUCAGGGCGACUCCGGGGGCCCUCUGGUCUGUGACGGGACGGCCCAGGGCAUCGUCUCUUUCGGCAAAGAUGAUGGGUCCCCCCCGAGGGUGUUCACCAGGGUCUCGGCGUACAUCCCCUGGAUCAAGAAAACAAUGAGAAAGCUGCAGGAUUAA